AUGCAAUUCCAAGUAUCAUUCGCUCUACUCGCCAUGGUCGUGUGCUUCGCCGCCGCCGAAACAAAGACACCGACAUCGGCUCAAUCUGCAGACGCCAACCGGAGCAAACGGACAGUGGUCGUCCCGCUGGCCGCCUCACCUUACGUAGCCGCACCAUACGCCGCUGCCUCACCUUACGUGGCCGCACCAUACGCCGCCGCCUCACCUUACGUGGCAGCACCAUACGCCGCCGCCUCGCCUUACGUGGCCGCCUCACCUUACUUGUCCGCAAGGUAUGCAGCCACCCCUUACGCCGCCGCCCCAUAUGCUGCAGUAGCUUCUCCGUACGUCUCAGCUUACUCCGCUUACUCCACCUACCCGUACGUUGCCAAGACCUUGGCUUCCCCGUACACAGCUACUUACUAUCCAUGA